UGCAGGAUGUCUGCCUGUGUCUGCUCAGAGAAGCACAUCAGACAGCUCUAGUGCUGAGAAGGGUAGGGAGUAUCUGGAAGGAAGACAGAGUCCUUCAAGGUCGGAGGAGAGAGGAGUUUCAAGUUUAUAUAGAGGACAGUUAUUCUGAGUGACAGCCCUUGCACGCGCUUCUGAGUGGUUAUCAUGGGCUUCAUUGCCUUUCUGAAGACCCAGUUCAUAGUUCACCUCCUCAUUGGGUUCGUCUUUGUUGUGAGUGGACUGAUCAUUAACUUCAUUCAACUAUGCACGCUAGUCCUCUGGCCCAUAAACAAGCAGUUUUAUCGCCGAGUAAACUGUCGCCUUGCCUAUUCGCUUUGGAGCCAGUUGGUAAUGCUGCUGGAAUGGUGGUCAGGCACAGAGUGCACCUUGUUCUCAGACGAGGCCACGGUGAACACCUUUGGGAAAGAACACGUCAUCAUCAUCUUGAAUCACAACUUUGAAAUUGACUUCUUGUGCGGCUGGACUAUGACAGAGCGCUUCGGAGUGCUAGGGAGUUCCAAAGUUCUUGCUAAGAGAGAGCUACUAUAUGUGCCCCUAAUUGGCUGGACGUGGUACUUCCUUGAGAUUGUUUUCUGCAAAAGGAAGUGGGAAGAAGACAGAGAUACGGUUAUUGAAGGAUUAAAACGUUUGGCUGAUUAUCCUGAAUAUAUGUGGUUUCUCCUGUACUGUGAAGGAACUCGUUUUACAGAGACCAAGCAUCGUAUCAGCAUGGAGGUAGCUGAAUCCAAGGGGUUGCCUAAACUGAAAUACCACCUGCUGCCCAGAACCAAAGGUUUCACCACUGCUGUCCAGUGUCUCAGGGGAACAGUUUCAGCAGUGUACGAUGUAACACUAAAUUUCAGAGGAAACAAGAACCCGUCUUUGUUAGGAAUUCUUUAUGGAAAGAAAUAUGAAGCAGAUAUGUGUGUAAGGAGAUUUCCUCUGGAAGAUAUCCCUCAAGAUGAAAAGGAAGCUGCAAACUGGCUUCAUAAGCUUUACCAGGAAAAGGAUGCUUUGCAAGAGAUGUAUAAUCAGGAAGGCAUAUUUCCUGGCCAGCAGUUUAAACCUCCUAGAAGACCGUGGACUCUCCUAAACUUUCUUUUUUGGGCCACAGUUCUCCUCUCUCCUCUCUUCACAUUUGGCUUUGGAGUUUUUGCAAGUGGAUCACCUCUCCUUAUCCUUGCAUUCCUGGGACUUGUUGGAGCAGCUUCCUUUGGAGUUCGUAGACUGAUAGGAGUAACUGAAAUAGAGAAAGGCUCCAGCUAUGGCAACCAAGAAUUCAAGAAAAAGGAAUAACUGGCAGCUGCAGUUCAGCACGUAUAACCAGACUAUGGUAUCCAAUUAACUUCAGUUAAAAAACAACAACAAACACUUAGAAACUAUCUUUUUCUUAAUAACUGAUGACUAAUAUUAAUGAAUAAAACUUGAGCCAAGAAUGAAGAAGUUGGAGGCAUCAACUGAAGAGAACGCAUCAACUUUCUGCCUGUUUAAGGAUUACUGUAGUCAAACUAUGGGAGAAAAUCCGGGGUGGGGUGGAAGAAGAAGCUAAUAUUUCUUGCUUUGUUGGGGGACUUGGGGGUGGGGGGAGGAAAAGAGGGCAUUGGCUGUGGCCACGUGCAUCUUCAGAUGACUGAAUACACUGGUUUCUGUCAGGAGCACUACACUCACUUUUACAACAGGAGCCAUUGAAUGUUUCCUCUUGCUAAAGCCAACGUAAUGUUUGUUGAUUUCCAACUUUUUUUUAUUGAUGAGCCAGGACAAAACAACCCUUCCUAAAUUAAUUGACAGAUGUUCAUUGGGUUAGAAUCAUUUUGGAAAGGCUGUGUUGUCAUGGCUACAGAUUAAAUUCUAUUUGUAUGUUACACUGAUACUUUUUAUUUUCAGGCAACGUCUUAAAACUUCUGUAAUGCGAGAGAACGGAUAGUGGAGUUUGGAAGCAGGGCAUUAUUGAUCAGCGCAUACCGUAGAACAGAUCCACUAGUAUUAAAACAGUAUAGAAUUCUCAUCAUAUCUCCUGCUAACUGCUCAAGGCUGUUUAAUUUUGAAGUAUUACUUCAGUCUUGAGUGUUGCUUGCCCUGUUUCACAUCAUACGUGUACGAUAAUCUUGACUCUGUUUGGGUUUGUUUUGUUUUCUGAAUUAAUGGUGACCGUGGGAUUUGGAGUCGUGCAAAGAAGGAAAUUUAUUCAAUUGUCCCGACGUUUUCUCCUUUUAUUUCUGUUCGCAUCUCUCAUCGCCAAAGUCCAGUUCAGCCAACCUCUCUCAGUAAACCGGGAGGCAGCAGCAGAAAUCAGCACAAUAGUUUUCAAAAUGUCGUCUUUUACAAAAAUUUGAAAAGGAGAGGUCUGUAGCAAUCAGAUUUCGAAUACUGCCAUCUCUUGAACUUUUAAUGAGAGUUUUUUGACAUUGAUUCAAAUGGGGCCAGGAUCUUACCCUGUGUGCUGUAAUGAUAGCGUGUGCUGCACUUCCUGCUUGGUCGUCCUUUAGAUGUUAGUGUGAAGUAUAUUGCAAGGUGAGCUGUGUUGUUAAGCGUUAGAAAGAGUAUGGGGUC